ACCAUGUCGCUGGCUUCCUGGUUCAAAUGGAACGAGCCACAGAACCGGGUCUCCCAGAGAAACCCCACUGAGAUGGUGGUGGAGACGCUCAUGAUGGAGCUCAACUGGCAGAUCAAGCAAGCAGAGAAGCAGCAACAUGAGAGGGAAAAUGAAUAUCGCAAGAUAAAGACGGGUGUGGACUAUGGCUGGCUGGUGAGCUACCCAAAGCAUGCCUAUGACAUCAGCCCCAUGGAAAGGCUGCAGCUGGAGGACAUGUGCAUCAAGAUCCAUCCACCUUACUGCGGGCCAGUCAUAUUCAGGUUCCGGCAGCUUAUUGCUGAAUAUGAACCAGAGGUGCAUGAAGUCUCCCGGCUCUUCCGCUCGGUCCUGCAAGAAGCCACGGAGAAAAUCAAAGAGGAAGAAGAGGCCAGGAAACUUGCGAGGCAGUGGAACACAAAGCAGAAAAGCAGCGUCUCCCUCAUGUCAUUUAAAUCCCGGGCCAAGAUUUCCCCCUUCAUCAGUGAUAUCAAGACCAUUUCGGAGGAUGUAGAGCGUGGCAGCCAGCCCACCAGAAGAGUGUGGAGCAUGCCAGAAUUUAGGAGUGCCAAGGACUUUUGAUUCCACUAACCGUGAGGUUUUAGACAGUUUUGUUGUGCUGUUUUUUCUUUCAAGGAUGAAUUAACUAUAUUCCACCCAGGUGUCAUUUCACUUUCAUCCCAGUUUUCUCUCCGUUGGCCUCUCUCUCUCAGAAGCUGUGUCCAUAGUAACUGCUUCUGAUGCACGUAGUCUGUGACACAGUCUGUCACCCAACACACUAGCCUGGGCUAUAAUUUAGUGGCUUGCGUCAACUCAUUUCUUAUUUUGGUUCUACUGUUUGUUCUCCUUGGAAAACAGCUUGUUGCAUGUUACACUCUGCAGCAGGGCUUAGGUCUGUAUACAGGUGAAUCAGCCCCAUCCCAUGGGCCUUGCUCAAAUGGGUAAACGCCUGAAGCCAGUGGGGCUACUCCCAUGAGGAAUGUUUGUGGCAUUAGGCCUUUUAAAACUAGGGCUGGCCCCUGAUUCAGCUGUUUGGAACCACAAGUAAACCCUUGGCCUCCUUAAUGCCAGGGAACCCUCUUUACAUGUUAAACCAGCACUGAUUCUGAUUCAAGUUGAUAUAAAAUCACCUGUCCCUGCAUAGGAGAUAGAUAGUAAAUGCUUUGGAUGUGGACAGACACAUUUUCCAUAGCAGCCAAGUGAGGUCCAUAAUUGAGCAUGCUCAUUUUUUAUUUUAUUUUUUUGCAUUCACAGCCCCUCAAAUUUGCAUAUGCAAGUGACUCAGAGCUCUGACUACCUACUUUGUGGACAAGGAUGCUGUGCAUCUGCGCAAGUACAGCUCGGGCAGAAGUAUGUACUGCACUUGUACCUACCUGCAUGGAUGCAUAUGAGGCACCUUUAGAACUCUGAGUCUUAUUCCUUAAUUUUUCACUUUUGUUGCAAAAUGAGAAGAGGUUACAUACCAAAUCCUACACCCCUCUGGGGUCAAAACUGUCUCAUGUUGAGAGCUUUAGGCAAUGCCAAUAAGUGCUUCAUCUCACAUUCCAUUGAGAAGCAGAUGAACUGAAAGAGAUGUUCAUGGCUGAAUUUGAAAGCAGACUAUGGGGAAUGUCUCUGGCAGAAAAGUCACUCUUUGUAUACAGGGAUCUUUCUAUGUUCCAAACGGUUAGAGGUCAUUCUAACAAACUGCUGCUAUGAUGUUUUGAAGGCAGAAUGAAAGGUUAUUGUCUAAUGUUUGCUCGCAGAUACACAGAGGAGAGUGGUAGGCAAUGAUGUGAUGAACAUUUUUCAAGGGAAAAUAAUGAUUUAUGCAAAUUACACAGCCUGUAUAAAGCAGUGGUUCUGAAACUGGUCCUUAGAAGAAGCAGGAACAUAUUACUGAAGAUGACAAGGUUUCACCUCCUGUCUAUAUGACACUUGCAUUGGCAGGAUGGUAGAAUUGGCUCUUCUGUGAGAAAAAUCAUUGGUACUGCACCUGUGCUAACUCCUAACCACAAGGGAUCUUUCCCAAUGGGAAAACUCACAGGGAGGGGCACAAAGUGGGAAAAAAAAGUCUCUGCAAGCUGUCUUGCAGAGCCCUAUAUAGAUCAUUCCCUUGGAAGGUUCCAUUUGCCUAUCCUUGGAGCCUAGAAAUCAGUAGGGAUCUGAUGGAGGCUAUGGUCAUUCACAGGAGCCCAUGUCUUUGCACUGGGUCUCCUCUUCCUUGAACCCACUCCCUGGCAGUGUGGAUUCCUGCAUUGGGGUAAGGCUCCAGAACUUCUCGCUAUGGUAUUUCCCAGUACCUCAUAGAUGCCACGCACACUGCACAUGCAGGCGUUCCCCCACUGCUACUUUGCAGGGGUGCGGGGGGAGGGUCUGACCCUGGGAUCAAAAAACUCCACACCUAAAAAAAGUGGGAUGGCGCACAUGGCAGCAGCACACGGUUCCAGAAACCAGAACCAUAUUCCAGCUACCGGCCAGGCUCCCUGCUACAGAAGCACCACGACUGCAGCUCCUGGAGGCCCCCAGGACUCCAGGUAAGGCUGCUAGAGUCAACACAGUUGCUGGUCUCAGCCUCCCCUACCCCACCCAGGGCAAUGUGCCAUGCUCCAGAGCACAAAUGGCAUGGGUGUUCUCUAGGGACAAGCAGCAGUGGCACAAGGUGCUACUUGUCUCUGCAGAAACACGUUCCCACUCGUGGGGAUGUGCCUCCUCUGUCUAUACUGCACAAUGCAGGGUAAAUUAACUUGGAUGGAGUUCAGGUAAGGCACUACACUGCAAAUGUAUCCAUAGACACUAGGGCCAGAGGAACCACUGUGAUCAUUUAGGCUGAAAUACUAUUUCCAUUGCCCACAGAAUCUCUCUCAGUAAAUCAUGUAUUUUAGGAUGGCACCUAAUUUCAUUCAAAAGACUCCAAGGACUAGCAAGUCCCCUGUAUCUCAUUGUAAAAUCCAAUGAUCAUCCUUGCAACUCAGGAAUUGCAUCCGCUGCCAAGACCAAAUUUGUCUAACUUUAGCUUCCAGCCACUGACUCUUGCAAUGCCUUUAUCUGAAAGGUGUGGGGAAGGGAGUUGUGCGGAGGUGGGAAACCACAAUCAGCUUUUGGGUUUCUAACUUGAGCUCCUUAAACCUCAAAUGCAAAGACUUAUUUUCAAGCCAUUGGAUCAUUGUUGUGGUGCUACUCUGAACUCUUUCUAGUAUUUCCACAUAAUUUUUAAAAAAUGCAGGAGUCCAGCUGCUUUUCUACCACUCUGAGCACUUUUCCACUUCUGCUUGCUAUGCUUCUUUGACAUACUCAAGGAUCACAGUAGACCUUUUAUGCACAGCAAUGUACUGGGAGCUCCUCAUGAGACCUAUCUGUAUGAUGACUGUCAAAGUCCUU